GCGUCUUUGGGUCGUCUCCAGCGGGUCGUAGCGUCUGUGAAGUUUUGGGAGCAUCAUGGCAAACGUGAAAGUUGCCAUACGCGUCCGUCCUCUGAGCGCAAGGGAGAGUGCUGACGGAGGACGGCUCGCAGUCCAGGUCGAAGACAAGUAUGUCAAGAUCAGAAACUUAAAGUUGGAUGGACGGGCUGACGGUGCAGUGGAUUCGAGGGAGAAGCUGCAGGAGUUUGGUUUUGACUAUUGCUUCUGGUCAGUGGACACCGCAGACUCCCACUAUGCAUCACAGGAAGAGGUGUUCCAGGAGCUGGGCGUGUCUGUGCUCUCUGCUGCCUCAGAUGGUUAUAAUGUGUGUCUGUUUGCUUAUGGCCAAACGGGAUCAGGAAAGACCUACACCAUGAUGGGCACGCCGGACUCAAUUGGCCUGACCCCUCGAAUCUGUCAGGGGCUUUUUAGAUCAGAAGACGCUACUCCUGAUGGGCAAAACUCAAGAGUGGAGAUAAGUUUUUUGGAGAUCUAUAAUGAGCGUGUGCGAGACCUGCUCAGAGGAGGAGAGCAGAAGAAGAGAGCUUCCCUGAGAGUGAGGGAGCAUCCAGAGAAAGGGCCCUAUGUACAAGAUCUGUCCCAACAUGUGGUGUCAAAUUGUAAACAGGCCAUGGAGCUUUUGGAGGAGGGCAUUUCCAACCGCAUCACCGCAGCAACCCACAACCACGAUGCCAGCAGCCGCUCACAUGCCAUCUUCACCAUCCAGUACACUCAGGCAAUUUUGGAGAACAAUCUUCCAUCAGAAAUUGUCAGUAAGAUUAACUUGGUGGACUUGGCUGGAAGUGAAAGAGCCGAUCCAAACUACUGCAGAGACAGACUGACCGAAGGAUCUAACAUAAACAAGUCACUGGUCACUUUGGGCAUCGUCAUCUCAGCUCUGGCCCAGAACUCACAGAUGUCCAGCAGCUGUCAGAGCAUUAACAGUGUGGCCUCUGAAGGGGAGAGCACAGGGGGGAGCCACAGCAGCGCUCUGUCCGAUAGGGGAGGGGGAGGAGGAGGAGGAGGGGGGAGGAGGCACUGCUUCAUCCCCUACAGAGACUCUGUCCUCACCUGGCUCCUUAAAGACAGUCUGGGUGGAAACUCCAAAACCAUCAUGAUCGCAACUGUCUCGCCAUCCGUCAACAGCUACAACGAAACCCUGAGCACGCUCCGAUACGCGGCUCACGCCAGAAACAUUGUCAACAAACCACGCAUAAAUGAGGAUGCUAAUGUUCGACUGAUCAGAGAGCUGAGAGAGGAGAUUGACAGACUGAAGAGCAUGCUGCUUAGCUUUGAAAUGCAACGCAAUCCCAGUCCUUCCCUGAGUGAUGAGAGGGAUGGGAGUCUGUCUGACAUUGUGCUGCAGAAUGAACUAAAGGUGGAGCAGCUUACUAAAGAUUGGUCAGAGAGCUGGAGGGACAAACAGGAGCUGAUGGAGCAGUACAGUGUGGACAUAAACAGAGACCAGGCCGGAGUCUUCAUAAACUCACUGCAGCCGCAUCUAGUGACCCUGGACACAGACGUCCUCAGCACUGGAGUGGUCUUCUAUCACCUCAAGGAGGGGAUAACUCGCAUUGGACCACAGGACGGGCUUGGAGCUGCAGACAUAGUUUUGCCAGCAGAUGUGGGAUGUGAGAUUGAAAACCGCAGAGGUGUGGUGACUCUGCACCCGCUCCCUGACUGUGUGGUUCUGCUCAACGACAGAGAGGUCACCGAGUCCUGCCGACUGGCUCAAGGGGCUGUGAUCACCUUGGGACGAGUGCAUAAGUUACGCUUCAACCACCCAGCCGAGGCAGCCCUCCUCCGGGAGCGCAGACGGAUCAGUGAAAACAGCCUGACCAGCUCCUACACUGAUCUAUGCAGCAUGGACCCAGAGAACAGUGAGAAAGACUUAAAGCUGGAGGGGCAGCAGGGUGCCAGUGCCUCCCCCGAAGACGAGCACAGAGCCAGGCAGAGGGUGGAGGAGCAGCAGCGUCUGGUGGAGAGUUUGAGACGAGAGAUCCAGAGCGAGCAGAGACAAGCUGACAGAGACCUGGAGAGAGAGCAGGCUCACCUACGACUGCAGCACAGUGACAUCCAACAGUGGAUCUUGUCAGAACAGCAGCGUUUGACGAGUGCUGAGCAGAGGACCACUCAAGAGUCCAGUGUUCAAACAGACCUGAGCCUGGGCCCAGUCCUUGAGAGAGUCACAAACCACAUAUUUACAGACGAGAACGGCCUCCCAAACAACACCCCAUCACAAAUCACCAAGGCCAGAAAGAAAACUGUCCAGGAGGAGCUACUCAAACAGUAUGCCCUACACCGUACGGAAAGCAGAAUCAGAAGGAAAAGACUGCAGUAUCAGCUGGAGAGGAUCAGACGAAAGCGAUUGUUGCUGGAGGCCAAAAAGGAGCUACAGCGGCUGGAGAAAGCCUUACCUCCUGGGUCAGACAGCCCUGGUUCUCCUGAGCUGGGGUCCCCUUUGAAACAGAGAGAGGAGAGCUUUGGGUCCAGAAGGCACUCAUUUUCAGUGGAUCUUCUAUCUAGACUUUACCCUCAACACCCGCCAAUCUACAAGCACUUCCUGAAGAGAAACCGCUCAACAGAUCUCAGCACCAACUCUCCGUCAAACCCGGGCGACAGCAGAGACUGGGCUUCUGAUGAAUUUAUUCCACGGGAGAGGACUCAGAGCUGUUCGGCAGUUUUUCCGAGAGAAAAUAAGUUUAUCACAAGCCGAGGCAACUCCACGGAAAACAUCAGGCAAAAUCCCAUACAGGAACCCCACACAUCACCUACGCCAUCUUCAGAUCGUCCAGAAAGAAAACCACUGCUGCCAAACAGAGAAUUGAAUUUUAAAAACAGGACAAAUCAGAAAUCACCGGUUAUUCUCAACUCACCACCAGGAACAAAUAUCCAAGCAUUAAGCAAAGAAAAUUCACAGUUAUCAAUAAACAAACUAGUAACUAAAACCAAAAAUGAUAUGAGUAUUAAAGCAACAACUCACAAACAAAAACAAAACAAUGGAGAGAUAAAGCAAGUUUUUUCAGGAUCACGGUUUAAAUCAGCCCUGUCAAAGGUGUUCAAAAAACCUCCUUUAGGUACAAUACGAAGCCAUAAACAAUUGGGAAGACUAGCUGGAAAACUUCACAUGAGACAACGCAGGGAGAAGGAUUUCAAAACAAAACAUAAAUGUACAAUUAAAAGCGCUUUUUCAUGUGAGGAGCUGGACCAAAGGACAGUGCUAGCAGAUGUUAAGCAAAGACGUUGGAAUAGUACAGAAAAUAUGAAUAAGACUUGGAAAUGGGUGGAGAAACAGCAGGGGUUGUGCGGAUGGGAGGAAGAAGAAAGUGAUGAAGAUAUAGAUGGUGGGCACUCUGAUUGUGAAAGUAGUUUUUCACUUGAUUCUCUGUCUUCGGCCUAUGCAACAGCUUUAGCAGAGCAGCUAAAACAUGAGGAAGAAGCUAACAGUGAUACAAGCGAAGAUAGUGAAAUGUCUAAGGACUCACUGGCUAUAGAGGCAAAUAGAAACUCCUCUGCAAAGUCCCAAAAUACAUUUGCACCGUCAUACCGACUGGUCACAGAUGAUUUUGAUUCAUCUUCAAAUUUCAAUAAAACAAUAACAAGUUUGAAAGCUCAGGUAAAGCCAGCAGAGGAUUACUGGAGUCAACAAGGUGGUGAAAAAGCAAAAGAAAAUGCUGAAGCUGGCCAACAUUUUAAGCACAAUAUUGGAGCAAAUCCAGAAAUUAAAAACCCAGCUCACAAAAUGGUUGGCGAAAUUGGUACCACUUCUGUUAACAGCCCACAGUUUGUGAGUAGUUGUAAUUAUAGAGACCAGGAAAAUCAACUCACAGAUGCUUGGUCAUCUACUGAGGCAGGGGAUAGUCCAAGAAUUCCCAGAAAUUCUCUAGUUUUCCAAAAAAGGAUUAAGUAUGGAGGAGUAGACAUGACCAGCAGUGAUAGCCCAGUUAGCAUGAGUUCUGUUAGCGGGUCUACUAACUCAAGCAUUGAAAUUGUAGAAGAAGAAAACACCAAAAUAGCUGAAUUGAAUAUUUUUAGUAGUUGUAAUGUUGGUCAAACUGGGCAGUCAGCAGUUAUGGUAACACCUACUGAAUUCUGUGACAGCAACAAUUCACUAGCUCCUACCACACAAGUGUCAAAAGUCAAAUCGCUUAAGGUUAGAAACGAAAAACAAAAACUGGUGACAGAUGACAUUACUGAAACGUCUUCGAGUUGUCAAACCAUACCAGGGAGCCACGGGCAAAUACUGAACACUGUUACAGCAAAUGCCUUUAAAUACGGUGACAAUACUGAGCUAUGCGGUGAAGACAGCUAUCCAGAAAUGUGUACAGAUCAAUUUGAAAACACCAAAGACUCAUCUCAUAUACGUCAACUUGAAUCAAAUAAAAGGGAAACCAAAGACACUGAGCAGGUUGGCGGACUACAACAGGAGCUCGUAAAAUGGACUUGUAAAAAUGCCAGAAAGAGGAACAAUGACGAGGAGGAUUUAACGGGAAGUUUGAAAAUUCCCAAAAGGAGCAACAGUAAAGACUUUGAAACAGACUGUGCUACAACUGCAAACAGUCAAGACCAUAUUUGGGUCAGUGAUGAUAGCAAUAUAGAGGAUUCCAAAGACGCAGGAAAGCCCAUAUAUGGAUGUGUUGAAGAUAUGGGACAAAAUGCAAUGACUUCAACCCAAGUUUAUGGUACAUCAGACCAUAAAAGUAGUGACAACCACAGUGUUGAGUUUACUAGCUCCUCUGUGCGGAUAACACAACGGAAAACUGCAUCAGUAAAGGAAGUAGACCCCAAGAGUGAAAUUAAAACAUCCUUUCAAAAUAAAAAUCAUAUUUGUCAAUCAGAGGCGAUAUGUAGUGCAAUUGAUCUGAGAAUUUCUGAAGUAGUGAAUGAACACAUGAACUCAUCAGUGACACAGAAUAUGGACAAGAAAAGCAAAUAUUUGGAUACCAUGGCAACAGAAAUAACAUGUGAUUUUGUUUGUGGUAGUCAAAAAUAUAGUCAUAUACAGAGCAAUAGUUGCCCUGGUUGUGCUCAAGAGAUUUUGAAUGCUAUAAGUAAAAGCACAAGCAGUGAGUUGGAAUCAUUAAAACUGACUCAGAAUAAGGGUAUUUCUGAGAAGUUGCAAAGUUCUUUUGGUUUGAAAUAUUCCACUUGUAAUAUCAAUGAUUCUAUUGAACCUGCUACUGCAAAAAUGGCAAAAAGUACAGACGUUAAAUUGUGCACAGAUGUUGGAUUUCAAGAUGCAGAGAAACAUAUGAAAACUUGUAAUUUCAAUCAAAGUCAUGGUUAUAAAUCUUGUGUUCACGUCUCUUCUGAUAGUUUCUGCACUGGAGGCAAUUCAAAAGUGAAGUCGAGUUGUACUGAAGCUAAAGAUGUAACAAUAGCAGCAGAAUUCACUAGCUGCCAAUCACAUGAACCAACUUCCCCUUCAAGGAUGAUUCAACAAUUUCAAAAUCUUUCUCACCUUUGUACCGACUCAAAAUCACUCCCAAGUGAUCGUUGUGUUUUCACUCCCGACACUAGUGCGGUUGGCAAAAUAGAAAGCUUGCAUUGUACAAAAGCAGUGGUGGAAAAAUGCCCAGAAAUGAAAAAUUAUUUGGGUCAAAGUGGCAUGGUGAAUUUGAAUAACAAAAACCUGCCAAAAUCCUUUCACAACCAGAUUGGUUCCUGUUCAAAUACCAAAAAUGUAGCUGAACGAUGUGUAGUGCAGGCUCUACAAAGAAAGCAAAAUGAUUCACAAAAUGGCCAAAAUAGUGUGCCUUUUGUUUUGGGUGAUCUGGGUACAACUGAUCAGCUGGCUAAUGCUACUUUAUUGACCAAAAAAGUAAAAUCUAAAAGAAUUCGAAGAUCCACGAGGCAAGCUUAUCCAACAUCAUCCUCCGACUCCUCUGCCAAAUCUUCAGAUGACGAAGACUGCAAAAUAAACAAAGUGACUGAAGCAAGACUUGAUUGCAAAAACUUUGAAAAAGCAAAAUUUAAAAUGCUUUCACCAGAAUUUCAAGCUAAUACUAAGCCAAACUGUAGCCAGAAGAGGCAUUCACUGUCACCCAAAGCUUUACAACAAAAGACAGUCCGAAACAUGAAUUGUGAUCAAAAUCGUGUACUUGAUUCGCCUAUACAUUUUGCCUCAAGUGACAUUAACCCCUUUGUUCACCAAUGGCAAGAAGAUGAAACAAAUGACAACUAUAAAACACCUAUAUUUGGGAGUGCAGCCAAUCUCUCAUGUAAAUCCCCCCUUUUAAACAGUGCUGAGAAACGUAUUAGCAGAUGCCUAAGCGUUGACAAUGGUUUGAAUAGGCAAAACUCACCUUUCAUUUCGCAUCUUAGUACAUACGCUAACAACAAAGGAUUGUCCAGUACUCUGAGCAGUGUUGAAGAUUAUAGACAGCCAUUGCAACAGACCGGGGAGGAUAUCCACGCACAUUUGGCCAGUCUCAAAAUCAACACCACAUCUUCGAGUAAAAAUGGACCAAUAGAAAAUAACUCCAGUCAUGAUGAAAUAAUGUUUGUUUAUUCUUCUGAACAGGAGUCCCAAGCAAGAACUAAAUCCCAAAGACGCCGGACUUGUGAGCACAGCACUCAAACUGACAAACAAGCAAAUUCUGAUAGCAAUAACAACAGCCUUAAGAGAAAAAGUAGACACCAGAGGAGCUAUACAGACGGGCCGGCGACGCAGAGAAGCAAAAUAAAUAUUAAAGCUUCAUCGACUUGGGCUAGCAUGGAAAGCAUGUCCGCGCAUAUCACCAAAUUGAUUGACAGCACCUCGGACUUGCUAGGGGAUGUUCAGGGCAUGCGGAAUGGUGAAAUUCGCAAGAUAAAUUUGAAUAAAAGUGGGAAUUUGACAGAUGUUUGUAACAGGUCAAUGGAGACGAAAGAUACAAAAGACGACUCUACACAAACUGGAGUUAAUGUUGCAAUUCAAACCGCAGAGAGUGAAAAAUCCCACUCGCAAGUCAAUGUUAUUGUUGAAGUCAUUGGUUCAAAGGUGAUUGCUGUAUCUUCUGACAAUAAUGUCGUUCGUUUGGAUGACAGGGCUUCAAAUGUGUCAAAAAUAGAGAUCAAAUCCACUGGAACAGAAAGAUCCAAAUCUCAAAUGGACAAGCGAGGACCUGUCCUGACCUCGGCUAUAAAAACUACCAGCUCUGAAUGUCAAAAGCGCCUGAAAUCGUCAUCUUCUAAAAGCUCAAAGCCUCUAAGUCAGCUCGAGGCCCAGAGCCACAAAAGUGCUGCCGGAACAACGGCGCAAAAUCAGAGCUAUUCUCCAAAGAGUGACCUAUUGUGCAGUUCAAAGCAGAGGGCCACUUACAUAGACCGUGCGCUAUCUCCCAUUCUCACAGUGGGAACGCGAUUAUCAGUAAACCACAAAGCAGAGGUGUCCAUUGUGAGACACCAGGUCAGAAAUACAAGCAAUAAAAAUGUGGAAUCAAGAAAAAUGAAAUCGGAGGAGGUACCCGACUCAGAGCUGUCUUCAAAUGUAGCUUAUGAAUCUCUUGAUAAUGAAAUAAUUUCAAAUUUAUCAGAUCGAAGUCCAAAUUCAACACUGGAUAGAGAUUCGGAAAGUGACUGGAAACAACAUAUGGACAAUAGAGUGAAUCAAAUGCAACCAAGCUCUUCUCAAAGGACUCAUAAAAGAAAAACAAUUGAUGCUAUGCAAAUGAAAACUAUGCAGAAUUAUAUAUCUCAAAUUGAAAUACAUAGUGACGUACAACAGCAGUUAGCAAAAAACCAAACUGAACUAAAUAAUUUUGACAAUUCAGAUGUCAAAUUUUACAUUGGGGAAUUAAAUGACAAAACAGAGCAAGAUACAGCGUCUCUCGCACCAAGUGAAUGCAAUACGGACGUUCUUGUCAAUAUUGAGCCAAUCAGAGUUGUAGCUCCAAGUCAUGAUUCUCAAAGACUUCCAGAAGACUUGCCUUUGCACAAUAAAUUCAAAAACUGGUCUGGGAUCAACCACUGUCAAUCAAAACACACAAGUAUUCCCAACAAAUCUGAAUUAAAAGCUAUUGAACAGAGUGAAAAAGGUGAUUGGAAGGCUGUGGACAAUUAUGGGACCAAUUUGCAGUCUAUUCAGAGUGAUAGAAAAUUAAGAGAGAUACAGAGACUGCGACUGGAAAGGGAGGAGGUGAUGGCGACAGUGAGUUUAAGUAUGAACUCAGCCCCUCUCUCUGUGGAGUUGACGGAGGCGAAACUACAUUACGGCCUGGGACAAACAGACACACUGCUGAAGAUGCUGUCUCCAGGAUCCAGAGAAGAGAAAGAGGAGUCCACGCCGCCUGCACCCAGCAAACAACAGCUUUAUAAUGAGCAUCGUAAAAGCAUUGAUGGUCUGAGGCAGGAGAGGGAGGAGCGUCUCCAUGGUUACCGUCGCACGCGUAGUUUGAGUCCCAGUAAAACCCUCAGCUCGCCCCUUCAGAGUCCGGACAGUCCAACAUCCAAAACCUCCUCCUCCCCCAGCACACGCAAAGAGUACCUGCAACAGCGCCACCAAGAGGUCAUUCACAGCACCAGCCCCCCUGACCCGGGCCUGGGGCGGAGCCGGUGCCCCUCUGACAUCGAGCAGCUGCUGAGAGACUACAGCCGGGCGAGGGAGGAGGCAAGGGAGGAAAUCGCCAAAGCCCGGGAGCGUCUGAGAGAGAGGACAGAGCAAGAGAAGAAGAGGAUACAACAGCGGGCUCUGGCCCAGGACUGCAAGGACGACCUGCGGCAUCGGACCAGAGUCAGUAACAGCACUUUAUGCACUGGCUCCAGUUUGAGCCUCUCCUCUGGGCCCACCUCUGGAUACAACAGCGGAAACACUCACCUCCAGCACAGCAACACUUCUAUACAUGCACAGAUGAGUUUGUCCCAGGAAGAAGAACAGAAGAUCAGGGCACGUCCACCUAUAUGUGGUCCACAAAGUGUGAAGAACCAAAGAGCUUGGCUUUCUGCACAGGAUGUCCGCCUUGACCUCCCCGUGUCCGGAUUUGAUCCCAUAAUGACCUCCUCUCCAUCGGUCCACUCGUUCACGCGUCACAGAGCUUCAUCCUUUGGCUCCUCUUCCUCCAUCUCCAACAACUAUCAGGACAUCACUUCCUCUCUGCAUGCCCGGGCUCUGGCUGAGGUGCGACUUGCAUCUGCAGGGGAUCUUGGUAAUUUGUUGACGGGAAAGGCCACUGCAGGCUGGAGGUAUGAAGGAGAGGAAAGAGGCGUCCAUGCUUACUACAAACCCUCCUCCAGCCCCUCUGUGCACAGCUUUUUGGGGGCAGCCGACCUGAACAGACCCCUGAAUAGUCUCUGGACUUUGAUAAACCAAGUGUCCAAAAGCCACAUGUUUCACCAGUCUGUCCGUUCUGUAUGGACUCGGCCACUAGAUGACAGCACUCAGCUGGUGUACAUACUCAGUGAUCCGUCCAGAUGCCACCUGAGCCAGCCCAGGGACUUCUGCUGCAUCAGCUCUGCAGCAAAACAGGGUGGGCUGCACGUUUUGGCCCUGCAGUCUGUGUUUGAGGAGUCUUUGCCUCGUCCUGGUGUGGAAGCGGUGAGGGGGGAGCUGAUGCCCAGCUGCUGGGUUCUUCAGACGCUCAAAUCGACAGGGCAGGAGGUCACCAGGGUGGUCUAUCUUCUACAGGUGGAUCUUGGAGCUCCUUCCUUCCCACAGCGAUUGGUAAACACAGUUGUAAGAAAACAGGCAGCUGUCAUCGCCAACCUUGAUGCUUUUGUUGCUUCGUAAAUACAUGAAAUCCAUGAAACCACUCACAAAAGCAGAGAGCACUUAGACUGAGCUGUAUCCAACAUGGAUGCAGGUAGUCUUUUAUUUGCACCAUAAAUUAUAUUAUUACUUGAUUUUUUUUUUUUUUUUUUUUUUACACAGCGCACUGUAACUGAUGUCCAGGCAGCAGGAGAUGUUUUCUAAAUGAAAGCUUAUUUUUUAUACCAUUAUUAUUGAAUAUUUUUUUUAUAUUUGUAAAUGUACGUAUUGCUUUCCACAAUCUUGCUCAUACCAAAGAGAUAGACAGACAGAGUGGCAUUAAAGGUGCAUUGUGUAGCUUUUCUGUUGGAGGGUGCGUCAAAUGCUUUUCUUCACAGAGAUGUUAUUGCUUUGUUUGAAAUAUUUCACACUAUGUUCAUGGAGACCAAACCAGGCCAACUUAUAGGUCAGAUCUGUGUGGCGAUCCCUUUCACAGUCAGAAAGCCUGUUUUUUUUUUUGUUAUUUUUGAGCUAAAACCACCUGUAAUUGAAUAAAUGUAGGGUAGAUCUGUUUAAUGUCAUACUGUUGAAUAUUUGAAGAAGAGCAAUGACAUAUCCAUAGAAACAAGGUGAUGGACCCCCAACUGAAAAGUUACAUACAGUAGUGUGCCUUUAAAAAGUGAUAUUAUUGAGUUGUUGUCGCUAAAUGUUUAAAAUGUCUUUACUUUCUUUUUUUUAUUUAUAGUGUAAUAAAACUGCUCUGUUGCCACUGCAAUUAAAGAGAAUCAGCUUUUAUUUGGGCUUAAAAAGUUAAAUUACAGAAAACAUAUACAUUUUAGGCAUUAGAAAUAUUACAUUAAAUAAUAGAGAAAAUAAAAUGUAUUUUUAUAAUAAAAUUAGACAUAGGAAAUCCUAAGGCAAGCUAUUUCUCUUAAUAGGGAAAUUUAAAUCUUAGUUAUUUUGACUCAUGAAUCUUGAGUGUCCUAAAGUACACUAGGACAGACCUGCAUAGACACAUUUAGUGAGUGUGUUUUCUCCAAACACAUAAUUUAUCCACUACAAUGUUGAUGUUUUUGUAGCAAAACUUUUGAGAGACAUUCAUGUAAGCUGAAGUAAAUGGUGCAAAAUGUAAAAUGUAGUUACAAAACUGUGCAAAAGGUUUUAAAACUAGUUUAUGAACAAAUACAUGCUUUUUAUUUUUAUUUUUAUUUAACUGAAUAACUUACCCACUUGCUAGACCUGGGUCUUCUAGUUCAAGUGCAAAUGCUCUUUUCAUUGACUACAGUACUACAGUGUACAAUGGUCAAGAUCUACUGAAAUUAAUUGCUUAUUCUUUUAACAUGCAAAGUUAGUAAAUUUGGUUAAUUAUCUUACAAUGGUUUAGAAUCCAUUUAACAUUUAAUGGGCCCAUAUUGCCCAUUUUUAAUCCAUGUUAUAAUGUUGUUUCCUCAUCAAAAACAUACCUGGGAUUGUGCUUUGUUUCAUUCACACAUUUCACACACAGAUUUAGGCUGAAUUCUUCUUUCAAACAGAAAACACUCAGAAGAUAUUGUAGAGUCUCUGUGGCAGUUUCAUCUGAACAAAAGGUAAAAUCAUUUGUGUGUAUUGUACAGUAAAUCGGUUCAACCACUUGAGGCUAAAAACAGCAGUGAACUUUAAAACUAGUACUUGAUGACACAAGGUGGAACAGAGCAUUUUGAGAUUUGAAGAUGUAGACAGAGUAGUAAUAAAGGCUCACUCAAACGUAUGAAUGAAACUGUAUGUUUUUGAGGAGGUAACAGUAUUAUAACAUGGCUUAAAGCUCACAAGAAUAAAUUUUGCAUAAUACAGGACCUUUAAGGAACAACUUGUAGAUAAAGACCUUUUUCUUUCCUCACUUUAUCACAGUACAAUACCCCAGUCACAUACACGUCUAAAAACUUGGACCAAAAUUUGGACCAAAACUACCUUUUGAUGUGCAGCUUUACACUAAAGGUCUUGAGUUCAGACCCUGAAACUGUUACACUAUGGUACCCCAAAUCUGCAUUUCAUGUUUUUCUAUUUAUUAUUAUUAUUUUUUAUCUCUGUGCCUCUUGAAAAGUUAAUGAAUGUUUUUUGGGGGGGUGGGGUUUGAAAGGUGCUGUGUUGUUAAAGCUUCUGUUUUUAUUAUUUUAUGUUUAUAUUUUUAUAUCUUGAUUUACUUUUGUUUGUUUUGUAAUGUGUGAAACUAUGCAGAAGGAGGUCAUAGCAAGGUCAGUUCUUUAUUUAACCUGGACAAAAGCCACAAUAUAAGCCAUAGCAUUUCAAAGACCAGUAUGAAGGACUAUGGAAUUUUUUGUACUUUUUGUUUUUUAAUACCCAUUGUAUGUUUUAUAUAUAAUUACUAUUGUAUUUAUGUUUUGAAAUAAGUGUUGUAAAUAUGUUUUUGAUACACAU